AUGUCCGCCCCCUCCUCCACGCAACCCUUCAUCGCGAUCGAAGAAUCCUACCUCUCGCCCGACAUUCCCACCACCUUAUCUCCAAACCCUCGUGACCCAGCACUCCACCUCAUUCCCGCUCCCACCCUCUCCAAACUCAAAAACAUCGGCCCAGCACGCAUCCGUGACAUGCGCGCCUCAGGCACCGCCAUGCAAAUCCUCUCCCACAUUCCCCUCGACCUCCCUCUCAAGACAUGCCAGAGAAUUAACGACAUGCUGUAUUCGAAUAUUGUCACGAACUCGGAUCGGUUUGCUGCAAUGGCGUUGCUGCCGGUGGGAGAUGCGAAGGAUGCGGCGAGUGAGUUGCAAAGAUGUGUUACGAAGUAUAAGUUUGUGGGGUGUGUGUUGGGGAUUAGGAAGGGUGGAGUGCAGCUUGAUGGGACGGAGUGGGAUGGGGUUUGGACCAUGGCGGAAAAGUAUAAGGUGCCGGUUGCGUUGAGGCCAGUUUGGCCGUGUGGGGAGGAGAAGAGAAUUAGAAGAGAAAGAUACGGUCUAAUGGGGUUGCAGGUCUCCGAAUAUACUGGCCUAUAUCCCCAAUCUCUAAUCUGCCCCCUUGUCACAGUCCUCUACCCACACCAUACAACCUCUCCGCUUCUUCUUCUUCGUCUCUAUGCCUCAGGCCUUUUUGAACGACACCCUCACUUGCGGCUCAUCCUUUCCCAAAACGGCCACUCAAUUCCCUCUCUCCUCCCACGCAUCCAAUCCCUUCUAGCGUCCACUCCCGACUUUAAACCGGUUCGGAAAUUCUUCGAGGUUUGGCAAUACAACAUUUACAUCUCGACAGCUGAUAUAAUGGAUGUGAGCAGUCUGAGGGCUUUGGUGGAAAGGAUUCCUGUGGAUAGAGUCUUGUGGGCUGGGAAUUAUCCAUGGGAAGAGAAGGGAGCAAAGAAUAUUUUGUGGGAAUGCAGGGAAAUGGGGGUCUUGGGGAAAGAGGAGUGGGAGGAGAUUGCUUGGAAGAACGCAGAGAGAUUGUUUGGGGUGAAGACUGGAGUUGCGGACAAAGGAGGCGCCGCGGGUAUGAGAGGGAGGAGGGCAAGUUUUGGAUGA